UCCCAUAGCAACAAGACGCAAACUUGGACUGACGCUGUAAUCGGAAACAUGCCUGCCAAGAAGAAACAAAGCAAGAUCAGUAAAGCUGAGAAAGCGAGGUUGAAGAAAGAGGAAGAAGAACGGAGACUCAAGGAGGAAGAGGAAGCUCGGCUGAUUGCUGAGAAAGAAGAUCAGGAGAGGCUGGAGAGAGAACAAAGGGAAGAGGAAGAACGACUGAGGCUCGAAUUAAAGGACAGGGAACGCAGAGAAGAUGAGUUGAAUGAACUGCGCCACAUACUGGAAAGAAACCUGAAGAAAGUGAACAUGUGGAAAGAUGCAGUCAGGGAGAAAGUAGAAUGGGAACGGUACAUGAUUUGCGAUGGCAGUCCAAACCCUGCAGUUCAACCAGAGCUCAAUACCUUCAUCACUCUGUGGAAAGAGGACCCAGAAGUGGACAUUCAGGUCGUCUUAGAACAAUGCGCUUUGGCCUUGCGACUUACAGAAGAUCUGGAGCUUCUUUUGAGCAUUGUGACCGAACCUGAGGUUAUAAAGGUGUAUCAGGAUAUACUCCAGUCUCUGCAGAGUCUCAUGCACACCAAACACCAGAUGGCUGCUGAGGAGAUCCUAAGGUCCGCUAAGAAAUGUGCAGACAUUGACACAGGGAACAUGCAGAUGAUAAAACGAGAUGAUAACAUCACACUGUGCUUGUGGGCCAACCUCAACAAAAAUCCCAGAUUUAAAGGCUUCCAUUUCGAAGAGGUGGGGAUGAGCUUCGAGCUUCCUAAACAGCUGGCUUUGAGUGACAUUAGUGUGCGGAUCCUUCAUACCCGCUACGACCACCUGAGCCACCUGAGCCUCCGGACGCAAACUCAGAAUAAAAGACGUGCCGCAGCUGAAGAAGCUGAAGAAGCUGAAGCGGCCGCUAAGGCUUUAAUUGAGAUGAAGGAUAGAGAGGUGGAGGAUGAGGAGCUGAAAAAAGAAGACGAUGGGGGAGAAAGCGCACAGCAAGAAAAGGAGGAUCUUCAGUCACAAAAAUCAUCUGAAGGCAAGAAGAGAAGGGUUAGUGUGCGUUCAGCUAAAAAGCGGAAGCAAAGAUCUUCAAUGAAGAAGGAGCUAGGGGAUCAUUCAGAAAGCCAUUUGGAAGGAGUGAUCUCGUCUGAAGAAGCAGAAGAUCUUGCCGUAGAGGAGCCAUCGGCCGAAAGCUACAUCGUGGAUCUGCAUCAGUACACACCCCUGGGUGGAGUCUACUACUUUGACGUGUUCCGACUAACACCCCAGUCUCUUACCAUCAAUGGCUGGGAUUUGACAGAGAUUUUGGAUACAGGUCUCCAGGACUUCCCGUAUCCCUCAGAGCAGCCUCAGAGCUCCGAGUCAGACAAGCAGGAGGACACCAGUACAUACUCUUCCCCUCCAGUAGGGGUCACUGUGGUUUUGCCCGAGUCUGUGAACUUCAUUCAAGAGCCACAGGUGGCACGAUGGGACCCUGUUGAGCAGCACUGGAGGACAGACUGCAUCACAGAGACUUCAUACAACAGCGAGACUCGCAGCAUCUCCAUCAAGAUGGACUCUUUCUAUGCCUUCACUUUGCUACAGGAGACGCACCUCCAUAUGCCGUUUCAGUCCUGGGAGCUUCUACCUCGGGGUUUGAACUCAGCAACGCUUACCAUCACUACACCGUUCACUCAAGUCAGCAUCAGUGUUCAGGGGAAUCUGUGUAUGCUUCAUAUGGACCAGACUCCUGGCCUGAACCAUGUGCUGGAUAAAUGGAUGAGUCUUCCUGUGCUACAGAUUGCCAUGAGACGUGCUGGGGUUAACAUAUUUGUUAACGAGUAUUCUGAUAAGUACGUCGCAGUCAGUGCCAAGGAUCUGCUGGUAGAGCAUGCAGUGUACGAGCAGAUGGCCUUGGUGUCCUCAACUUUUGCUUUUUCUCGAAGUCAGUGGAACGCCAAGUGCGGACAGGAGCAUAUCGUCUUUCAGGCAUGUGAACACCCGGAGGAGGGGCCUGUGCCGGAGGAGGCGUGGUCUCUUUACUUGCUUGGUGCUCAGAGGAGCCAGCGUUUGAAAAUGACCGAAACAAGUGACACAUUCUCACCAGAGCUGGCCGAGAAUUCUGAGUUCCACUCCACUUUUCUGCACAUGCUCAGAGACGUAGUCAGCCCGACAGGAAAGGCCAGACUAGACCACGACCACUACCUUCUUGCUGAUACAGUGCAGACACUGCUGUGUUCCACCCGCUUACUAACAUUCUCCUGAUCACACACUCACACAGAAAUAGUUUACCGAAUUAAUCACACAUCUAUUUAUUUUUUUUUAGCGUAAUCAUUGUUGAGUAAUUUUCCAACUAGUUUGUGAGACUUCUUCCUAUUAUCUUUCCCUGCAUACUGUAAUGAUGUUGCAACUGUCAAAUCUUUAUGAAAGAUGCCUACGUAUGUACAGAGAACUGUACAAAAAAACUACGGCCUUCAGCAAUGUUUUUGUACAUCAUGGACUGAUGUGCAACGCCACGGUCUCAUAGUCGUCACGGAGGUCUAUACAUGCAGUCUAUCUGUCCAAUAAAUCUUUCAUGCA